AUGUUUUCUCUUCUCAUGAACCCUCGUUCCAGGGCUUUGGCAUCGACAGCAGUCUGGCUUCAAUCAUUCACUGCUCUCCUCGGCUUCCUCGCACCAGUCCUCGCAACAGGCCACGAUAAUGGAUUCACGCGACUUCACCGCCGGACCAGUGCGCCUCAAACCAGUAUUUGGAGCCACUCCCAGACAAUUUCUGGGUUCAAUUUCUUUGACUCAUGGGUCUUCAUCAAUCGCUGGGACAAUACCACUCACUCUGCCGCAUAUUAUGUCAACAAAGAAGAGGCGCAAAAGCUAUCCCUGGCCUACGUAGACGAAAACGCACGGGCCAUUAUUGCUGUCGAUACCAAGAAAGACAUUUCAAAUGAUACCAUGCCUGCUGUUCUUCUUAAUACGGCUACUGGGACUUACAAGUUCAAUCGAACAGCGCUCAGGAGCAGUGUUCGAUUGGAAUCCCUUGAGCGGUAUGAUCCAGGGACUUUGGUGAUUGCUGAUUUCCAUCACACACCUUUUAGCUGCGCCAGCUGGCCUGCUUUCUGGAUGUAUGGGGAAGACUGGCCUCGCAAUGGAGAAGUUGAUAUCUUCGAAGGCUGGAAUGACAACACCCGCGGAAGAGCAACACUGCACACAUCGCCUGGUUGCUCGCAUGACCCCACUGGUAUUCAAACGGGCAAGGUACUUCAGGAGACGUGUGACUCGAGCGUCAACUACAACGCAGGAUGCUCAGUUGAGGAUCCCACCACCGAUUUCUAUGGCCCCAGUCUCAACAAUAACGGCGGUGCGGUAUUUGUCGUGAUGUAUACCAUUUCAGAAAUUUCGGUGUGGAGAUUCCGGCGCCAAGACGUGCCUCAAGAUAUCAUGAACAGCAAACCUACGCCCGAAUCAUGGCCUACUCCUACAGCCACUUGGAGAAGCGGGGCAAGUUGUGACAUUGCCAAAAAAUUCGGCCCUCAAAACCUCGUCAUUAACAUUGCACUGUGUGGAGACUCGGAUUUGAAUACUUACGCACAAGGGAAAUGUCCCGGCAAAUGUUAUGAUCAUCUCUUGAAAGGGUCUAAUUAUAAAGACGUCUACUUUGCCAUCAACUCGAUCAAGAUUUUUAAAGGUAUGCCAAACGCCGUUUCAAAGGUGGCUCCCUCACCCGCCCCAGGCUCCAAGCCUGCUGCCGUGCUACCCCCCACAAUCAAGCCAGUCGUGCCACCCCCCACAAUCAAGCCAGUCGUGCCACCCCCCGUUGACAAGCCAGUCGUGCCAGUCGUGCCACCACCUGUACGCAACUAG